UGAAGAUUGAAGACGUCAAGAAACCAUUGAAGGAUUUGGUGCAAUUUGUGUCCUCUAUGGAUCUCGACGUGAACGAGGGCACAUUCGACUCGCGCUUCCCACUCCCAUUCCGUGUCGCGUUUAUCAUUUCGUUGGGGAUAUGGGCAUACGCAUCUUCUCUCCACCUCCUACACCUGAGCGGAGUCGAUCCAGUACCAAUCUUACAUCCGCGACGGCGACGUGGGUUGAGUCCACAAGGCUUGUAUCGCCCGAUAUAUGAUAUUGCGAUAGCUGUCACGGCUUUCACAGCUUUGUGCUUAGCGGUGUUUUGGGGGUUUACGGGAGGCGAUGAGGUUGCGAUUAUUGAGUGGGAGGUGUUGCCGCUGAGUUGUUUUGCAUUCCUGGCAGCGGUGUUGUUCAGUCCGUUUAAUGUGUUGCAUCAGCACUGGCGGUAUCAGUUUUUGAGCUCUCUUGGACGAGUUCUUACCGGUGGUAUCGGUCGCGACACCAAGUUCGCUGAUGUGAUGCUCGCCGAUAUCCUCACCUCCUACGCAAAAGUUCUUGGCGAUUUGUGGGUGACGGGAUGCAUGUUCCUCACCGGUGUCUCCACUACCUCCAAACCAGACAGAGCUUGUGGUGGAAAAUACGUGAUUCCUCUAGUAUUGAGUAUCCCGUACUUCAUCCGUCUACGACAAUGUAUCACGGAGUAUCGACGAGCCCGCGAUUCGGGGAUUUGGCACAUCCUGAACGCAGUGAAAUACAGUACUGCAUUUCCCGUUAUCAUCCUAUCAGCCAUGCAGCGAUCCUACAUUUCUCCAUUGGAGGAGAUGAACCCUGAGAAAGUUUGGUUUGGGGAGGUCCAGAUUUGGAGAUUAUGGAUCCUUGCCGUUCUGAUCAAUUCCAUUUACUCCUUCUGGUGGGACGUCGUGAAAGAUUGGGAUUUGACGAUUCUCACGGUUGAUCCGGCGGCACCAGGAGAGAGACUUUGGGGGUUGCGAUCACGAUUACAUUUCCCUUCGAAGAUGACUUACUACGUUGCCGUGGUCCUCGAUUUAUGUUUGAGGAUGACCUGGUCCCUCAAACUCUCCACACACCUCCACCAUCUCAACGACUUAGAAGGCGGAAUUUUCAUGCUCGAAACAGUAGAGGUUAUUAGAAGAUGGAUGUGGAUCGUGUUUAGGGUGGAGACGGAAUGGGUCAGGAAGGGGGGUACGCACAGUGGGUAUUUGCCGCUCGAGGCUAUUAAGGGAGAUUUGGAGGAUGGGGAGAUGGAGAUGGGGGAGAUGAGUGGGCCGGGGAAGUAUGUUGCGUGAAAAAAGAUGAUUUAUUGCAUACUUUAGUGGCAUAUUUGGUAGCACGGCUUUUAGUAAACUUGAGAGGGAUUAUAGAUGGAUAGAUGGAUACAGACAGAUUAUGACCUGAUGCAUACCCCU